GAACCAUUUGAACCUUGUCGUUUUAACUUUCUUUAAAGAUGACCAUGAACAAUUCAAAUAAACGGGGACACUAAUGGGAUUCACAUCAUUUUUGUUUUUUCUUCUUAUAUAUUCCCAAUGCUUAGUUGUAAAACUUUCAGAAGGAGAUGCCAAUGAGUUGAAUAAUGUUGAAACAUUUGUUGGUGACCAAUCAAAAUAUCAUGACAUAAAUGAUAAUGUAAAGUAGGUUUUAUUUUUAAUCUUGACUUUAUGGGUGAUUAUAGUUUUGGUGACAAGGAUGCUCAGUCUGUUCGGAAUUCGGAGGUGAGUUCAGAGUAAUACUUUAUUCCAAAUGAUUGGAUGAUGUAGUUGCUAGUUGGAAAAGUUCCAGAACAUAGUAUAUGUUAUCUUGGAGAGCACCAAGUCAUGUUUAGGUAACAUGUCUUCAGAACAUUUCAUAAAUUAUAAGUUUGAGUAUGCAGAUCUAGGGAUGUGUUGUGGUUCUUUUGAUACACGAUCUUUCGACUCGGGAUAAACAAACUAAAAUCUAUGAUCGUUGUCAUCUGUACACAAUAUGAGUCAUAUCUGGUGGAAACUCAAUCAAUCUGAUUUAAGAAAAAGCUUGUGUAGAAAUUAAAAACGGAUUUUUCUUAACUUCCUUGUUAAUAUCACGAUCAUCAUAAUUAAAAAAUUGACUGAAUACCUUUAUUUCGCUAACUCCGCAUAGAUAAAUUUCCCAGGGUGAUUUUUUACCAUAUCUUACCUAUUACUUGCAACUACUUUGAUGCAAUUAAUUUUUUACUAAUCUUUGGGUAAUCGGUCUUACUCAGACACAUAGCACUUCGGUAGACCAGGAGAAUAAUGUGAUGCUCAGCCGCAAAGCUUCUCCUGAGUCACUGGAUUCAUCAGAGAAUCAAGAAUCUCCAGGGGCAGGUCACGCAUCAAGUGAAUCCAUAAUCCCUCCUGGGACAAAUCAGGAAUCAGCUGGACUUGACCACAAAGAUGUUCAGGAGUCUAUUCUAGAAGAACUGCCUUCAUUGGAUUCAGUUGCUGCAGAAGGUAUUAACACACAUGAAAUCCCGACUUUCAAUGAAUUCCAUGCAAUGGUUUCAGAAAGGUCACAAUCACGUAAAGGGCAAGAUUGUGAUGUUGUCGGAAAUGCUGGUGUGAUCGAUUCUGACUAUGAUGUCAAUAUUAAACAAAAAAUUAAGGCUUCACAAAUUCCUCAGGGAUCCGAAAAAAUACUGCAAACACAUAAUGAUGUUAAUCCAUCGGUUAAAUCUUCAAAAAAUCAAAUAAUUCAAGAUGUAUCAGAAAAGAGUGUUUUCACAGAUGAUAGUUCGUUUUCCGAUAAUAUCCAAAAAGAUUCUGUUAGUGAACAGCAUCAGUCUUUGCAAGUGAAUUCUGUUGUGACGUCUAAUUCAGAAACGAAUUCCAAACCAAGUUCUCAUGUUACUUCACAACCUGUAAUUACCACCACCACAACCACCACCGCAGCAACAACAAUAACUAACAAUGAUGCUGUUCAUACACCAAGCAAAAUUGACUUAACUCUUCGGAGAAAUGUCGCUUCUGUAGCAUGUGGUGCAAAGAUGUUAGGAUUCAGUAGAGCGAUAAAAAACCCUGAGGCUGUACUCAAUGAAAACAAUGAUGAAUAUAUGAAUGUUCCGUGUAGCGAAGAAAAAUGGUUAAUUCUAGAAGUAUGCCAACCAGUUCAUCUACGGACUAUAGAGCUGGCAAAUUUUGAACUAUUCUCAUCACGGUUGAAAUCGUUUCGAGUUUAUGCUAACGAUCGAUAUCCAGCAAAGUCCUGGGAAUUGAUUGGUACAUUCACCGCUCGAGAUGUUAAGGGAAUACAGUCUUUCAGUGUUUAUAGUGGAAAAAUGAUCAAAUAUGUUAAAUUCGAAUUGAUUGAACAUUAUGGUUCAGAACAUUAUUGUCCCUUAACUAUGAUUAGAAUAUUCGGUUUGGGUUCCGAUGAUCUAGAUGAUGAUGACGAUGUUGAUGAUGUUGAUGUUAGAUUAAUGAAUGUGCCAGAAUCUACUUCAAAUCAUGGUUCAAUGAUUACUCCGACUAAGGAUAAAAAUCAACAUUUGGAAAAUCAAGAAAAUGAUAUUGUUGCUAAAGAUGACAACGCAACAAAUGAGCCUAAAGAUGAUCAAACUUCAUUGAACACUAGUAGUAGUAAUGAUGGUAUGUAUGAUACUAUAGAGAUAACGGAAGACAACAAUCACCACAUAGUCAAUGUCAGUACAUAUGAUCCCGAACUAAAACCAACUAAUUUAGAUCUGACCAGUGAAGAUUAUCCUAACAAUCAGAAUGACGAUCAUGAUCAUGAAGACGUUGUUAUUAAGUUGUCUAAUACUGAUUCUAUUAACAGUGAUUCAUCUGUGUAUUCCUCGACUGUAUCCCACACGGAUGAUACCACAUCUGAUCAUCAUUAUCAUCAUCAUAAAUUAUUGAGGGAUCGAAGUAAGAAACAUUCGGGACGAACAACCACUGCAAAAAAUAUCGGAAAUCACAAUGAUAAUUAUAAAAACAAAUUUUGUGGGAAAAUAGAUCCUAUCAAGGUACUUCAUAAGCCAUUUUGUCCAGCUGGAUCAAUAAUGUAUCGUUCUAUAAAUCAUAUCAAUGAUCAUUCUAUAACAACUAAUUGUCAUACUUCUAAGGUUGCAAACAGCGAUUCACCAACUCCACAUAAAUCUGAUUUUUAUCCAACUGUAAAUAUUCGUGCUAAAACAUCAGCUACAAUGAAAUUAUCACCGCCUAUUGGUAAAAUGAAACAAAAUAAUAAAUCAUUACAAAAUAUGAAUACAAUUAAUCUAACAUCACAAUUACAUAAUAAACUAUUUAAUCAAGCUUUUAAUCAAAUGAACUUUUUUACUCGUUUGACAAAUGCUAUAAAACGUACUGUAUUCGGUAUAUUUUUACAGUUUUUCCCAUCAGCUCAAGAUACUACCAAUCUGAUUCUACAUGAUAUUAUUCCAACAUUAGAAAAUUUCCAUACAAUUAAUUAUUUAUUCAAUCCAAUUGGUUUUUCUAAUCCAUUAUGUAAAGAUUCUAUGAUGUAUUUAACAAUGAAUCAAAUUGAAGGUUUAUGGUCUUUACGUAAAUGUCUUAUAUUAUUAGAUUUACAAUAUACUUCUAUAAAUUCUCAUUCAUUUACAUCAUUGAAUUCAAUCAAUCCAAUGAAAAUCAAAGAAUGUUCAUAUGCUAUUGAUCAAUUGAAUCUAACAUGCAUAACAAAUUCACAUUAUUUACAAUUUGAACAAUCAUAUUCUCAAUGGUCAUUAUAUGAAUUAGAUAAAAGUAUUGGACAUUUAUAUAUUGCAUAUUAUAUUAUGCAACAUAAUAAAACUUUAAUACAAUCAUCAUCAUCAUCAUUAUCAUCACCAUCAUCAUCAUAUUGUAUUGAAUGUAAAUCAUUCACCUAUUUAUCAUCAUAUGAUAUUAAUUGUUGUUGUGAAUUGUUUAAUUGGAAUUGGAAAAAAUUGAAUAUAUUUCUUUGGAAUAAUACUAUUGAUAACUAUAAGUGUUUCAAAUUGCCAUCAUUUUUAUUAUCAACUAAAUAUUCUGAAUUAUCAACAUUAUCAUUUAAAUCUCCUGUUAUUCCUGAUCUAAUCGAUUCAACAGAUAACAAUAUAAAUGAAAAAAUGUUCAUUGAAAAUUAUCCUCAUUCAGCUGAUAUGAUUAUUCAAAGUCGAAAUAGUAAAUCAUCUAAAAGUUUAAAAUCAUCAUCAUCAUCAUCAUCCACAUCAUCAAUUAAAUCGCAUAAAAUUAAUCGUCCACAUUCACAUAAUGAAGGAUUAGUUGUACCAGCUGCUUUAGGUGGAUCACAUAGAUCAACAGCAUAUAUGCGUCUUAAUAAUCGUGUACGUAUUAUUGAACGUAAUGUUUCUGUCAGUAUGAGGUACUUAGAAGAACUUAGUCAAAGUUAUCGUCGUCAAAUGGAACGUUUAGCACGUUCAUUUAAUCUUACUUAUGCUUGGUUAAAAGUAACAGCUCAUAGUGCUGAAGAACGUGAUCGUCAACAACAACAUCGUAUUUCACAAUUAGAAUUACAAUUGAAUGAUUUAACUACACGUAUAAAAUCUCGAUUAUUGAAUUCAUUACCUGCUUCUUCGUCAUCUGGUCAACCGGAUUUAACAUUAACAUCUUCUCCUCUAUCUUCCAACACUUCCAGUUCAUCAUCUUCAUCAGAAUCAGUAGUCACAACACCAGCCAAUACUGGAGGGACUGUAUCAAGUUCAUCUACUUCAAAAUCAUCAAAUUUAGUCACAUCACUUACUUCUCCACCACCAUUGCCUGACUUUGAAAGUUCUCUAGAUUGGAAUCCAUGGCUUAAAUCUCAACAUGAUGAUUGGUAUAUGAUGGUUGAUGGUGAUAUGGUUGUAGGUAAUAAUAAUGAAGAUGUUGAUGAUGCGGAAUUUGAAUCAGAUGAUAGUUAUCAAACAAAUGAUGAUGUUUAUCUAUCAAGGUUAGAUGUUACUACUGCUACAUUGUCGAAAAAUUAUAAAGAAAAAUUUAAACAAACUACAACUGGCACUACAAACUCUAAAAGUCAUCAUAUUAACAGUGAUAGUGGUGGUAGUAGUGACAACAACCUCAGCCCCAGCAGUAGUAGUGUCAGUAAUAAUCCAAAUGAAUACAAUGUAAAAUCUUUAUUCAAUUCAUAUUUAUCUAGAAGAGAUUAUAAAGAUCAACAUUAUCAUAUGGAAUCAUCAUCAUCAUUGUUCUCAGAAUGGAAACAAUUCGUACUUGGUUUGUUAUGGUUACAGUUCAGUUGGCCUGUAUGGUUAUAUAAUUUUGGAGUAUUUAUUCAUAAUUUCUGUCAAAUGAAUACAAUGAUUUUAAACCAUCCAUUGUUCAUUUGAUCAUUUAUUGGAUUUGGCUCAGACCUAAAAACCAUAUGAUCAGUAAAUUUGAUACAGAAUUAUUAUUAUUAUCUAAUUUAUAUCAAGUAUUAUAUUGUAAAAAAAAUCCUCAAAAUUCUAAUAGUUGUAUUGUAUAUUUGAAUCCAAUGAAUUCUAAACAACAUAUAACACAUUUACUUCCUUCAAUCAAUAUUAAUACAACUACUAUCAAUGAUAUUAAUAAUAAUAAUAAUAAUAAUCCUCACAUUA